CGUCGUCUGUAGACAUCGAGCCCCGUCCAACUUAACUCUCUCUACCUCUCUCUUUCUCCCCCAUCCCUUUCCUCUCCAACACCCCCACCCGCCUGCCUCCCUGUAGGUCCUGUCACCGCCGGCGUUCCGAGUCCUGGCCUGGCACGUGCUGAUGGGGAACCAGGUCAUCUGGAGGGGUUCCAAUCGCCGGCUCAUCGAAUCGGCCAUCAGUGUGCUGGUGACCAUGCUCCCUGUGGGUUGUGUCCGGAGGUGCCGUACAGCGAGCGUUACGAGGAGCCUACCGCUGCAACUUCUUGGGCCUGAGCCCAGAGGUCCAGAUCCCGGCGCACAUCGCCUCGUCCGAGUUCUGCGUGGUGGUGGACGUCCGACCCCUCCCGCCCCAGGCGACCGCCCGCGGCGACCAAGACGCCCUCAGCAACUACGAGUUCGCCGUCAGCAGCAGCGCGGUGGUGACCGAUCGAGGCCCCACCAUCCUGAGCAAACUAGAGGCGGCCCUGAGCAACGAGAGCUUGUCGGUACAGGUGGUGCAGCAGUGCCUGGUCUGUCUGAAGGAGGAGUGGAUGAAUAAGGUGAAGGUCCUCUUCAAGUUCUCCCGGGUGGACGGCCGGCCCAAGGAGGACACGCAGCGGCUCCUGGUGGCACUGGGCACAAGUGACGAGGACAACAUCAAGCUCCUCAAAUUUUGGAUCACCGGCCUCAGCAAGACGUACAAGUCCCACCUACUGUCCAGUGUCAGGGGUGCCCCACAGCCCCUGAACGAGACCCGCAGCUAGAGGGGCGGGGAACGGGGGUCAGGGUGGGCUGGACGGAGGCGGAGAGGUGCUACUGACAGAGGGGGAUUAACGUCAGUGGGGAUACAGUCGCUGACACGGGGCGCUCGGGGAGGGGGUUCACUGAGGGCCGGUGUGAGGGAGGGGGAUUAACGUCAGCGGGGGUACAGUCAGUGACACGGGGCGCUGAGGGGAGAGGGUUCACUGAGGGACGGUGUGAGGGAGGGGCAUUAACGUCAGUGGGGGUACAGUCAGUGACACGGGGCGCUGAGGGGAGAGGGGUCACUGAGGGACAGUGUGAGGGAGGGGGAUUAACGUCAGUGGGGGUACAGUCAGUGACACGGGGCACUCGGGGAGAGGGUUCACUGAGGGACGGUGUGAGGGAGGGGCAUUAACUUCAGUGGGGAUACAGUCGGUGACACGGGGCGCCGGGGGGAGAGGGGUCACUGAGGGACGGUGUGAGGGAGGGGGAUUAAAGUCAGCGGGGGUACAGUCAGUGACACGGGGUGCUGAGGGGAGAGGGGUCACUGAGGGACGGUGUGAGGGAGGGGGAUUAACGUCAGCGGGGGUACAGUCAGUGACACGGGGCGCCGGGGGGAGAGGGGUCACUGGAGACGGUGUGAGGAAGCUGGAUUAACGUCAGUAACUUGGGAUCCUGAGGUGAGACGGCAGGUCUCCUGAAACUUCUGUUGCGAAUCUCAUCGAGGCCCCUGUUGCUUUCUGCAGGGACUAAGGACUUUACGUGUGCGUCUGUGUCUGUGUGUGUGAGUGUGUUCAUUUUUAUUGAGUGCUUUUGCUUGUAUGGAACUAACUUUGCAUUAAAAUAUUUCCUGCACUGAAGCCUGUGUCUCAGCGCAGAAUUCCGGCGCAGUUUGGAAGCGCUCGGGAGCGCGGGUGCCUGCGGCCCUGAGCAACCUGCAAGAAGCACAAAGAAGGAGGGAGCUUAUUUCCCUCCGAGGGUCAGGCGGUCGCUUCGAGGGGGAAAUAAAGAGUCGACGCUUGCCGGUCGGACCCUUCGCCGGGACUGGAGAGAAAGACCGUGGGUAGAAGCUUCGAUCAGGACGGCAGGGUGCGGGCCCUUGGACGUUGCGGGGCUCUGUGCGGACCUACUCCACGGUCAAUCUGACCAUCCCCUCCUGCGCAGCCCAUUUGUCUCUUGCCUCCAUGUCGGGGAGGUGUCGUCCUGAUUUCAUUGCCACACUUUCUCAACUCUCUCAUGUGCCUCUUCCCUAUUCCCUCUUACCACUCCUCACCCAGAUCUACUUCUCACCUGCCAACCCCUGCUCCCACCCCACCGUAGAAAGCAUCCUAUUACCACAGAAAGCAGCCUAUCCGGAUGCAUCACAGCUUGGGAUGGCAACUGCUCUGCCCAGGACCGCAAGAAACUGCAGGGAGUUGUGGACACAGCCCAGCGCGUCACGGACACCGGCCUCCCCUCCGCGGACUCUGUCUUCACCUCUCGCUGUCUUGGUGAAGCAGCCGGCAUAAUCAAAACCCCCCCCACCCGGGACAUUCUCUCUUCUCCCCUCUUCCAUCGGGUAGAAGAUACAGGAGCCUGAGGGCACGUACCACCAGGCUCAAGGACAGCUUCUACCCCGCUGUGAUAAGACUAUUGAACGGUUCCCUUAUACGAUGAGAUGGACUCUGACCUCACGAUCUACCUUGUUGUGACUUUGCACCUUAUUGCACUGCACUUUCUCUGUAGCUGUGACACUUUACUCUGUACUGUUAUUGUUUUAACCUGUACUACCUCAAUGCACUCUGUACCACCUCAGUGCACCCUGUACUACCUCGAUGCACCCUGUAGCACAUCAAUGUAACUGCACUGUGUAAUGAAUUGACCUGUAUGAUCAGUAUGCAAGACAAGUUUUUCACUGGACCUCGGUACAAGUGACAUUAAUAAACCAAUACCAAUACCGGUUUCUAA